AUGGAUGAAAUGGUGUCGUCGACAUUUUCUGUAUUUUUUUUCUGGGCAGCUUCGAUCAUAGCAGGUUAUUUCGUAACGAUCUUCAAGCUGCCUUCUUUAUUCGGAGCUCUCUGUGUUGGGAUUUUCAUUGCAAAUGUACCUCAGCUAUCCAAUCUUAUCUACUUGAACGAAUAUUGGCACUACAUCAUCAGAAAACUCUGUCUUGUAUGCAUAAUAAUUCGAUGGGGUCUCGGUAUCAACGGAAGUUACAUCAAAGAAAAUCCUAUAUAUCCGCUUGCACUUGGAGUUUUGUCAGCAGCUGCUGAGGCCGCAGCCAUUGCUAUCGUUUCGGUACUCUUCUUCAAGGUUCCAAUCGAAUUCGGAGUCAUUUGCGGGUUUUUAUUAGCGACUGUCUCUCCAGCUGUUUGUGGGCCGGUUAUGCUAAAACUACAGCAGCAGAAUCGAGGAACAGACAAAAAUAUUCCGUCCUUUGUUCCUGCUGCAUGCUGCUUCGAUAAUACGUUUUCGAUCAUCGUCGUUACGAUGGUUUCUGCCAUUACGUUCACAGACGAGUCAAAGUUCUCUACUCUUGUCAAGCAAAUGGGGGAAAUGAUUCUGAGUACAAUCUUAGGAAUUUCUAUGGGAUGUGUGCUAUGGUAUUUUCCGCUCCCAUCCCAAAAGAGUAGUAAUUCGAUUAGGACAUUACUUAUCAUUUUCCUCAGCACCGGGAUCAUAAUAGGGAUGACUGCAGUCAAUCAUGGAUUUCCGGGUGUUGUCGCAUGUCUGGUACUUUGCUUUGUCGCUCCAUUACGUUGGCGGACCGACAAUCCGAAAAAGCUUGCUCCCGUAGCGAACUUCUUCGCCAAAACGUGGUUCUAUGUGGCAUCUCCCCUACUGUUUUCUCUCGUUGGGACCUUCCUUGAUUUCACUAAGAUAUCGGUUCAAGCAGUUUAUGUGGGUUUGAUCCUCGUUGUUGUUGGCACACUUGCUCGAUUAGCCAGCGGCUUUGCCAUUGUAGCUUGUUCCCCUCUGAAUCUUGGGGAACAGUUUAUAGUUGUUUGGUCACUUGUUCCGAAGGCAACAGUCCAGGCAGCUCUCGGACCGAAUCUCUUCGUGCUGGCAGAGGAGCGGUGUCGAUUCAAAGACGAGGCAUCAUUUGUAUGGUUUGGAUCAGUUCCUGUAAAGUGUUUCAUUCAGAAGCGGGGCAAAUUCCAGAACAUAAAAUGA